CCAAAGAUGCGUAGUACCUUUGCCAGCUGCGUUAUCGCAGCAGUGUUUGUGGCCGUAGCCCUGGCUGAUCACCACGGUGACGACCACGGCCACGACCACCAUCAUGGCCACCACCACGGCCACGACCACAGCAGCCAUGAGGAAUCCUACGCCUGUCACAAGCUGUCCGAGCCCAACGCUGAGUUCGCGCUGGCCCUCUACAAGAAGCUGGAUGCCCACACUGCAGCCGGAAAGAACAUCUUUUACUCUCCGAUCGGCAUCUCGGCCGCCCUGUCCAUGCUGUCUUCCGGGGCCCGCGGUGACACCCGCAGCCAGCUGAUGUCCACCCUGGGCUACGCCGCUCUGAACCAGACCCAGGUAGAUGACGGUUAUGAGCAUUUUUUCCACGUUCUUGAACAUCACCAGACGAACCAGCAGCUGGAUGUGGGCAACGUCAUCGCAGUUAGAACAGGCUUUCAGCCCAGCCAGCAGUUUGUGGCGGAUAUAAAGCAACACCACGCCGGCGAGCUCCUCAGUGUCGACUUUGCCAACCCCGAGGAAGCUGCAGCCCAGAUCAACAAACUGAUCGCCGGCAAAACGCACGACAAGAUCAAAGACAUGGUGAAGGACUUGGACCCUGAGACGGCCAUGGUGCUGCUGAACUACGUCUACUUCAGAGGACAGUGGGAACACCCCUUUGAAGCCAAACUGACGAGCAAAGAAGACUUCCAUGUGGAUGAGUCUACCACAGUUCAGGUGGACAUGAUGAAGAGGACGGGGCGCUACGACAUCUAUGAGGACAAUGACAACCACACCACGGUCGUCAGGCUGCCCUACAAGGGCAACACCUCCAUGAUCAUUGUCCUGCCCGAUGAGGGUAAGAUGAAGAAGGUGGAGGACGACUUCACCAUGGAGCGUUUCCGAUACUGGACACAAUCCUUCUUCAAGAAUAACGUCGACCUUUCCUUGCCCAAGUUCUCCAUCUCUGCCGAAGCCUCCCUGAAACAGAUACUUCAAGAACUCGGAGUAACUGACGCUUUUUCAGACGCCGCGGAUUUCUCUGGCUUUUCUGAAGACAUUAAACUCAAAGUCUCAAAGGUUUCCCACCAGGCCGUGCUGAGCGUGGACGAGACGGGGACGGAGGCGGCGGCCACGACCACCAUCGAGAUCAUGCCCAUGAGCAUGCCCGAGUCGGUCAAGCUCAACAGACCCUUCCUGGUCUUCAUCGUGGAUUCCAGCACGGAGAGCAUCCUCUUCAUGGGCAAGAUCAACAACCCCACGGCCUUGUAA